CCAAUCUCACCGAUUUGAUUCACCGAAAGAGAAACAAAACGGUUCAGGAAGCACCGAUAGUUUCCAAUGGCGACGAUGGAGUUGGAAACCAAGCUACCGGAGGCUGGACCAGCAGAGACGUGCUCCGCCAAGCCGGCGGCGAAGCAAGGCGAAGGUCUUAGGCAGUAUUAUCUUCAACACAUUCAGGACCUUCAGCUUCAGCUUCGCCUCAAGACUCACAAUCUCAAUCGUCUUGAAGCUCAGCGAAACGAGCUCAACUCUAGAGUGAGGUUGCUUCGUGAAGAACUUCAGCUGCUUCAGGAACCUGGAUCGUAUGUUGGAGAAGUGGUCAAAGUCAUGGGGAAAAAUAAGGUUCUAGUGAAGGUGCAUCCUGAAGGGAAAUAUGUUGUAGAUAUAGACAAAAGCAUUGAUAUCACAAAAAUCACACCAUCAACUAGGGUUGCUCUUCGAAAUGACAGCUAUGUUCUUCAUUUAGUUUUGCCAAGCAAAGUAGAUCCGUUGGUGAAUCUUAUGAAAGUUGAAAAGGUCCCUGAUUCUACCUAUGACAUGAUUGGUGGUCUUGAUCAGCAAAUUAAGGAGAUUAAAGAGGUCAUUGAACUUCCAAUCAAGCAUCCUGAAUUAUUUGAAAGUCUUGGAAUAGCUCAACCAAAGGGUGUCUUGCUGUAUGGACCUCCUGGUACUGGGAAAACAUUAUUGGCUCGGGCAGUAGCGCAUCACACCGACUGUACUUUCAUUAGGGUUUCUGGUUCUGAGCUGGUGCAGAAGUACAUUGGAGAAGGUUCAAGAAUGGUUAGAGAGCUUUUCGUGAUGGCCAGGGAACAUGCUCCAUCUAUCAUUUUCAUGGAUGAAAUUGACAGUAUUGGAUCAGCUCGUAUGGAAUCAGGGAGUGGUAAUAGUGAUAGUGAGGUGCAGAGAACAAUGCUGGAACUUCUUAACCAGCUGGAUGGUUUUGAAGCGUCAAACAAGAUCAAGGUUUUGAUGGCCACAAAUCGGAUUGAUAUUCUUGAUCAAGCUCUUCUCAGACCUGGACGAAUUGAUAGAAAAAUUGAGUUCCCAAAUCCAAAUGAGGAGUCUCGUUUUGAUAUCUUGAAAAUACAUUCAAGAAAAAUGAACCUAAUGCGGGGGAUUGAUUUGAAGAAGAUUGCUGAGAAGAUGAAUGGUGCAUCUGGUGCUGAACUUAAGGCCGUUUGCACAGAAGCUGGAAUGUUUGCUCUAAGGGAAAGAAGAGUGCACGUGACACAGGAAGAUUUUGAGAUGGCAGUUGCGAAGGUAAUGAAGAAGGAUACAGAUAAGAACAUGUCCUUGCGGAAGCUCUGGAAGUAGAUUAAAGUUUACCGAUCCGCUAUGUUCGUUGCUCACAAACUAAACUCUCAAACCAAUACGCUCAUCGGUUGACUGGCUCCUGUUGGGAAUUAAAGGACGGUAGACUCUUCCCUCCAUGUAAGCUUCUCCAAGUCCUUACACUCAAAAUGCGUAUGCCUAUUCCCACUUUGAAAAUUGAAUACUCUGGAGGACCCUCAUGGCUGUCUUGUACGUCAAAUUGUGAUACAUUUUGUUCUGAAGGGCAUUUGUGCUUUCUUGUCGAUAUUCUCUUAUUUUCCAGGUCUUCGGGUGGGAACGGAACACUCUUUUCCCCUCCAUAGAACACUUUUUCUUGGGAGAGGAAUUUUCAUGUGGUACAAGUCUCUGAAGAAAAAUUAAAAUUUGUAUUUCCUUUAUCAAA